AUGUCAAUGCUUGCGCCAAUCGACGAACCUCUUGAUCUGAGGGAUGUGGGUUCCGACGAAGAGAUAUUUACUAAACCGGAGCAUCAAACUGCGCCUCCCAUACCACCUCGGAACCCCAUUGGGCCAACGCGUCCUAAAUCUCGUGCUUCUGCCGUAGAGGAAUCGGAAGAUGACAGCGACGAUGAGGGUCUUGGCGAUGUACUCGCCGAAGGGGACACCGCUCCUCCUCGUCCAACUCGAUUCCCACCCAGGACUCCCAAGGGCAAGAAAAGCCCAUCGAAGAAAAAGCGUGCUAGCACCUCCAAAGGCAAUAAAAAACGUGCCCGCAGCAGCAGCGUCAGUGGAAGUGAAACCAAGAGGACUCGACAAUUUGAUAGCUCGGAAUCCGAUGAUAGUUCCUCGGAUGAAAAGGACAGCAAAAAAGGUAGCAAAAAGGGUAGCAAAAAAGGCAAAAAGAAGCAUUCAACCAGUGGCAUAAAGACCCCAAAUGCCAGCGCUCUCGAUUUGCGCGAGGAGACAAGACAGUUGCAUAUAAUCUCCAGCAACCCAGGAAACAUUGCUCUGCUGCCAGAUACCUGGGCUGGCCAUUUCAGAGGCUUCCCAAUUCCGAAUGGUCUAUUCUACAGAAAGACCAGAGAGGCAAGUAAUUGGCCACGAAUCUACGAGCACACAGAUGGUCAAGACUUUCACGGGUCCAAGAUUUUCAUGAAUCUGGUUAAGGUCCAGUCCAGAAUCCGAGACAUACGUAACGAGUAUAUUGAGGAGCAGCAAGACGCGGGGAAGGACCAUGUCGACAAGGCUGAUGAUGAACGGAGGUUUCGAGCCAGAUAUGUCAAAGCUCUGAAGCCAGCUCUCGAAAAGGCCAGCCAUUGGGCCUGGGAAGACGGAAAACUUCCACAAUUUCCAGUCCCCCAGACUGUCACGGCAUUUGCUGUUACCAAUCUACGUAAUCAGACGGCUGCAGUCGCGGAAAUUCGCGAAAAUAUGCAUGAAAUGGGAGCCCGAUGGCGAGAGGUCAUGGAAGAUGAGAGGAACGCCGCGGCCAAAGGCAAUCCUACAAUCCUGGAGAACUACCCAAAGGCCCCGGUCGUCUACGGCUUCGCCAUAAUGGAGCACAACGUUAUUGUCGUUCACUUGGAUGCUUCAGAUGAGAACGCCGAGCCAUUUUUCCAGAUGAACCUGGAUAUGGACACGAAUAACCAACGCCAGUGGUUCGCCUUGAUGAUCAUGGUUAUCGUCUGUUUUGCCCGUGACAAGGUUAUGGCGUUGGUAGGACAGAUGGGAUUAGAACCGGAAUCAGAAUCAGAAGAGAGUGACCCGGAUGCUUGA